UGAGCCAUGAGCUGUAAUCCAGAAAUUAAUGGUAGAAUUCCUCCAUAAAAAGGCCCUCUGAGGUUUCCCUGAAAGUAGGAUUCACUUUUCUGGUUGGACAGAGGACUAAGAGAGUUUUCACCUGGCUUCUUCGUCUGGUGUUGUAGAACAAUGAAGAGUUUUACAGGUAAGGGCGGGGCACUGCCUCUUGUAUCUUUAAACCAUAUAUCUCUUGUUUGCAGAUCUGUUCAGGAUUCUCUCGACUUCUACGAAAAUGUAUUGGGUUUUGUUCCAAUUAAGAGACCUGGAUCUUUCAGCUUCGAUGGAGCAUGGCUUUUUAGCUAUGGAAUUGGAAUACAUUUGUUGCAGGGCCCGGAGCCUGAGAAAAUGCCAACAAAAACAGAGAUAAAUCCCAUGGAUAAUCACAUAUCUUUUCAGUGUACUGACAUGCAGGAAGUUGAGCAAAAACUUGAAGAGAUGAACAUCAAACUUGUUAAGCGCACUGUAGAAGAAAUGGGUAUCUAUGUAGACCAGCUUUUCUUUCAUGACCCAGAUGGGUUCAUGAUUGAGGUGUGCAACUGUGAGAACUUGCCAGUAGUGCCAUUGGCACCAACUGCAAGCUGUAGUCUCUGGCCUACUAAUGCACUGCAACAGCAAAGAUCAACAUUUUGUUCGGCCAAAGCAGAUACAGCACCCCUCUCUCCCCAGAUGCUUCGGGUCCCUUAAAGAUAAUCUAUCUCGGGCGACUCGUGAUCUUAAACAAGUUGUCAUUGCAUUAUCCUUGUGAUGUGUGGCUGUUUGAACAGCUGUCUGUUAAGUGCAUCUAGUUUUAGUUUUGAUUUGAAGUUUCAGCUUGGAGGACUCUUCCUCGUGAAGAUGACAGUGAUUUGUUUUGAUGCUUUUUGAACAGUUUGAAUAAAGAAAUUGUGUUUUUUUC